UUGUCAGCCCGGGAAAAGGUAACGGUCUACGGGCGACAGCCAGCAUCAGGAGAGGCGAGCUAGUGUACUCCACCGAACCGCUGGCAUGCUGUGUGUCCAACAGACUGGCCAGAGACGUCUGCCACCACUGCUUCACACGACCAAGCAUGGACCUGCCAUCCAGAAGACUAUCACUUCACACAACAUCUGACAGAGACACAGAGGGAUAAGAAGGGCAGGAAAAAAGGCAGGGGGAAGAAAACGCGAGACCUUGUUGAGGUGUUCUCAUUGUAAGAUGGCUCGAUACUGCAAUAUCUCUUGCCAGAAACAAGCAUGGUCUGGCCAUAAGAGAGAGUGUAAAUGUCUGCGGAGCUUGCUACCCAGAAUUCCCACUGACUCAGUCCGUCUGGCUGCGAGACUCAUCUUUGCCUUGUUGAGUACAUCUAAGGGCAGUAGUGAGGAGCUCUACACUUUGGAGGAGCAUGAAUCACACCUGAGUUCCAUGCCUGAGCAGAAGAAACAAGGUCUGUCUCAGCUGGCCUCCAUGUUAGACCUGUACCUGCAACAGGAAGUGCUUGGCCUUGCACAGGAAAUGACAUCAGCACUGCCUCCCUCCUGCCAAGAACCCCUCAGCCUUAUUGCGAAGGUGACAUGUAAUUGUUUCACCAUCAGUGACGGAGAGCUGCAAGAGAUUGGAGUUGGGCUGUAUCCGAGUCUAUCUCUGUUAAACCAUGACUGCAGGCCAAACUGUGUGAUGGUGUUUGAGGGAACAAAACUACAGCUCAGAGCUGUUCGAGAUAUCAACCCUGAAGAGGAGCUCACUAUAAGUUACAUUGAGACGUUGUCCCUAACUGAAGAUCGACGGAGACAGCUGGAGGACCAGUACCAUUUCAUGUGCCACUGCCAGCACUGUGACUCCCAAGACAAAGAUGAACUCAUGCUGUCUGGUGAUGAAGCAUCAUGGAGCCUGUUGAAGGAGGCUCUACCCAGACUGGAAGGACAGAAAGCAGAGUCUGAUUGGCAAGCACUGCUGGAGAGCUGUAGUCACUUAUUAUCAACCAUUGGUGCCAAUGUGCCUGAUGACAAUCUCUACAAGCUCAGAAUAACAGACGUGGCUUUAGAUGCCUCCAUUCACCUGGGACUCUGGGAGGAAGCUGUGAAAUAUGGGGAGAGGACCCUUCCUGUAUACAGACAGUACUACCCUGAUCCCCACCCGGUCCAUGGAGUCCAACUGAUGAGAAUCGGAAAGCUGCAGCAUUACCUGGAACGCAUCGAGGAUGCUCUGGACACAUUCAAACAGGCCUAUCAAAUUAUAAAGCUCACCCACGGAGACAGUCACCCUUUGACCACUGAUCUCUUGAUGAAGAUGGAAGAAUGUCGCGCUGAGAUGGAUCAACAGUCAUCCAUCGCUCGACGUCAUCUAUCUCGUACACCUUGAUCUCAAAGGUUUCUGUUGUCGAAGUUGCACCUCGGAGGUUUGAGGGGGCCGGGGGACCCAGUGGGCCAUCUACCCAGCAGGCACCUGGACUGGAGGAGGAGGAAGAGGAGGAAGUGAUGGCCUGUUUGGAGGAGCGGUGAGAGGGUGAGGAGGAGGAAGAGUCCAGGGUCAGUGCUGGGAUCAGACGACGACGCUGGAGGCCUAAAAGAACAAAUAAGAUAAGAGUAACAGAAAAAGAUUGUUACACAAUGUAAACUGUGGCCCUUAAACUCUCUUAUUCAUUCACUGUGUAGCAUGUUCUCAUUGUGCAUUUCUUACUCUACAGUCUAUUGAUUUAAAAACACACACACACACACAAAAUAGGUGUUCGACUUCAGUUUUUCUGUUAGUAAUGUGUUGUCAUUAGUCGUGUAUUUUGUUAGUGACUUUUCUUCAUUAAAUCUUUGGGGAAAUUCAUCCUUUGACCAAAUUUUAUCUGAAAAUAUCUACAGCUUUAGCAUGGCUUAGCUCGAUACUUGGCUUUAAUCGCUACUACUGAGUUACAUUACUGGGUCGAGGCCACAUUCUGCCCAAAUACUUGCAGAAUGAAAAACUAAUGAUAUUUCUUUGUUGUCUAUGCCAUUAAAAGAACUGUUUGUGAUUUUUGAAAA